AUGGCUGACUCCUUCAUAAAAAGAGAAUUUGCACCAAAACGUCUAUCUUUUUGGAUUUUUUGGUUUAGUAGUCAUAUAGGUCUUUUCUUUUAUGGUUUUUACAAACAAAAGAAUGACCCAGAACUUGCUCAUCUCAACGCAAUUGGCUUUUCAGUUUGGACUUCUCGUGGUGCUGGUUUAUGUUUAGCUUAUGAUGGUGCUUUGAUACUUUUACCUGUCUGUAGAAACAUCAUAAAAUAUUUACGUUUAACACCUUUAUUGAAAUGGAUAAUUCCUUUUGAUGAAAAUCUUUGGUUCCAUCGUCAAUGUGCUUACUCUAUGUUAUUUUGGACUUUGGUGCACACUUUUGCUCAUUACAUUAAUUUUAUUAUACUAGAAAAAGCAGGAAAAUACACUGCUUAUUAUCUCCACUACAACACUUGGGCUGGUACUACUGGGCAUCUCAUGUUAUUGAUCAUGGUCUUGAUGUACACUUCUGCUCAUGCCAGUAUGAGACAACAAUCAUUUGAAACCUUUUGGUAUACUCAUCAUUUGGCUUUCUUCUUUAUGCUCUGUUUAUAUUUACAUGCUAAUGGUUGCUUUGUUUCAACUGACGAGACAAAAGGACCAAAAAUUUGCAAGGGUUAUUUCUCUUGGGAAUGGACUAUAUGGGGUGGAAUAAUCUACUUUUUUGAACGUGUUUUGCGCGAAGUUAGAUCUCGUCAAUCAACGAGAAUAACAAAAGUAAUAGCCCAUCCUUCAAGAGCGAUUGAAAUUCAAUUUGAAAAACCAUCUUUUUCCUACAAAGCUGGUCAAUAUUUAUUUUUAAAUGUUCCUGACAUCUCUUCCUUUCAAUGGCAUCCUUUCACCAUCACUUCUGCACCUGAUGAUCCUUAUGUCUCAUUACACAUUCGUCAAGUUGGUGAUUUCACUAAUAAACUUGGUGAAAUACUUGGCUGUCAAGAAGCUUCUUCUGCUGAUAAUAAAUUUGACUUCAAGAAAGCUUUACCUUUAAUUAGAGUUGAUGGUUCUUAUGGUACUCCCGCUGAAGAUGUAUUCAAUAAUGAAAUUGCUAUAUUGAUUGGUUGUGGUAUUGGUGUAACUCCAUUUGCUUCAAUCCUUAAAAAUAUUUUCUACCAACAUAAAUUUAAACGUCCUUCAAAACUUAAACGUGUAGAAUUUUUCUGGAUUUGUCGUGAGACUGGAUCGUUUGAAUGGUUCCAAUCUUUAUUAAAGACACUAGAGGAUUCACAAUUAGAAGAAGGUUUCUUAAAAGUUCACAUUUAUCUCACCUCUAAACUACGUGAAUCGACAAUUCAAAACAUCAUAAUCAAUGAUGUGUCAAGUUCUUAUGACCCGUUAACUGAUUUAGAAUCUAGAACUUGUUAUGGCAGACCAAACUUUAAUUAUAUCUUUAGCCAAUUGAAAAAAGCGAUUGAAACUGGUAGAUAUUUACCAGGAAAAGAAAGCAGCUUAACGACAAAUGUUGGUGUCUAUUAUUGUGGUCCUACUCCUUUAGCUAAAAGCCUUAAAGCUGAAUGUAAACUUGCUAAUGAUGAUGGAAUAAACUUCCGUUUCCGUAAAGAACAUUUUUAA